UCCAUUCUCCAAUUCGACGACGCUUACUUUGGGACACAAUGGCCUGGCUUUCGCCUUUCACAUCGUAUUCAACAACAAUUUGACGGUGCGAGUAGUAACUUAGCUUGAGGUUCAUAUAUGCGCGUCAGCUCUCCUUGUUCGAUGGGCAGCGGAUCCAACGAAACAAAUUUAACGGCGUGAUGGGCAGUCUACAAGAACUGAUCAAGGAACAAGGCGAAUUAGUCCGCAAACUAAAAAGUGCUAAAGCUGAUCCUGCACAGGGUUUUAAAGAGUCAUUGGGAGACAUAGAGCAAGUUCUGUCAAACUACAGCUAUCUAUCUGGCUGGAAUCCUUCAAAGAAAGAUGCAGAGUACUUCAAUUUAUGUAGUGCCCAUGAAAAUGGUGGUUAUAGUAACUUGCCAAACUUAAAGCGUUGGUUUGACCAUAUGAAAACCUUUAGUUUAGAGGAACGUCUAGGAUUGCCUGAGAUGAAGCACACUAGCCAACUAGUAAUUAAAGUUGAUCAUCUCACAUUUUUACCUAGUUGUGAUUUAGAUAAAAAGAUUCAAGAAGAAGUUUCCAAACUUUUGGAACUGAAAGCUCAACUUGGAGAAGAAAAUGUUGGAUCACAAAAACUUUUUCUCAAAACACCCAAAGGUACUCGGGACUACAAUCCCGAACAGAUGGCAUUACGAUUAUCCGUAAUGGAAAAAAUUACUUCCAUUUUCAAAAAACAUGGAGCAGAAACUAUAGACACUCCAAUCUUUGAAUUGAAGGAAGUACUAACGGGUAAAUAUGGAGAAGAUUCAAAGUUGAUUUAUGAUCUAAAAGAUCAAGGUGGAGAAAUCCUUGCCUUGCGUUAUGAUUUAACUGUUCCUUUCGCCAGAUACUUGGCCAUGAAUAAAAUUACUAAUAUUAAAAGAUACCACAUUGCCAAAGUAUAUAGACGGGAUAAUCCUGCAAUGACGAAAGGUCGCUAUAGAGAAUUUUAUCAAUGUGAUUUUGAUAUUGCUGGACAAUAUGAUCCAAUGUUGCCGGAUUCAGAAUGUCUACGGAUAAUAUACGAGGCCCUGAAAAGUCUAGAAUUAGGGCCAUUUACAAUAAAGGUCAAUCACAGGUGCUUACUAGAUGGAAUAUUCGCAGCGUGUGGGGUUCCCGCGGAAAAGUUCCGAACAAUCUGCUCAGCUGUAGACAAACUAGACAAGAGUCCUUGGGAAGAAGUAAGAAAAGAAAUGGUCGAAGAGAAAGGUCUUGACGGUGCGAUAGCCGACAAAAUUGGAUCUUACGUUUCGCGGAGUGGUAAAAGAGAUCUUGUUGACGAAUUGAGAAAAGACACCGAAUUAAUGAAGCAACCAGCUGCUGUGCAGAGUGUUGACUUGAUGGAACUCCUUCUGAAGUAUUGCGAGAUUUUCAAGAUAAUUGAUAACUUGGUGUUUGAUUUAAGCUUGGCAAGAGGUCUUGACUAUUACACAGGUGUUAUUUUUGAGGCUAUAUUAAUAGGAGAUAAUAUUGGGGUAGGUAGCGUUGCAGGAGGUGGCCGAUAUGAUAAUCUCGUAGGGAUGUUUGAUCCGAAGAACAAGACGGUACCUUGCGUAGGUAUGUCUUUGGGUAUUGAACGUAUCUUCAGCGUUCUCGAGACGUCGAUCGCCAAUAAAGGAAUGAAGACGCGAACCACCGAAGUACAAGUCUUUGUUGCUGCUGCCCAAAAAAAUUUGCAUGAAGAAAGGAUGCGGAUCAUCGCGGAACUUUGGGAAAACGACAUCAAAGCUGAACAGUCAUACAAAAAGAGUCCGAAACUAUUAGCUCAGCUGCAACAUUGCGAAGAAUAUGGAAUUCCAAUUGCAAUUAUCAUAGGAGAAGGUGAAAUCAAGAAAGGCGAAGUGACGUUGAGAGUUGUAAAGACAAGGGAAGAAGCAAAAGUUGCCAGAGGGAAUCUCAUUGAGGAGCUGAAGAAAAAACUAGAAAUUAUAGGCGAAUCAAAACAGCAUUAAUUCAAUUUUAAGUUUUGUAUGAAUAGAAAAUAUCGAUUGUUUUGAUGUAUGUGGAAUGAAAAAAUGAAAGAAAAAAAUUUGUAAAUAUCUCUUCCUUUUGGUUAGCAUAUUUUAUAAGUUACAGUGUAAAAGCAAUCGAUGUUUUCAGUACAUACCAAAAAUAGACAACAAUACAAAUCUAUCAAUUUUUUACGGACUAUACCUUUCAUAUUCCAUACUUGGUCUGAAUCACACAUUUCGUCCUCGCAUUGCGCUGUAUAUAUGUUAAC